AUGUCCAUGUCGGAACGGAACACGCCCAGCCAUGGGGCAACGGAGACGCCCUCGCAUCAUCGCCAGCUGCGGCCGCCGGACGUUGAGGCGGCGCUCUCCUCAAUGCUCUGGACGCCCUAUGAGCGCAGCACGCCCACGGCCAGCUCCUCGGAUGAGGAGGACGACGAUGAGCGGCUCAAUCGCAAGCUACGCAAAUCGCACAGCAGCUACGAGACGAGCGGCAGCAGCUGCUGCAGCAGGUCUGCCCUGAGCCAUCUAGCACCACUGACCCCACUGACCCCACUGACACCGAUAGCACCAACUGCAGCCGCAGCAGGAGUCGUCGCUCUUCCCGUGCCUUUUCCCAGUUUUAGUUGCGCCUUUGAGGCGGGCAAGACAAACCGUAGCCGGAAUCGCUACUCAUAUCCAAGCUACUAUGGCAGUCCGGCGCACACACUCACCCAAUGGUGUUCCUCGGCGGCCACGGCCAUCAAGGAGCCGCCCUCGUACGAGUCCCUCUACGAGGCGAGCGUCUCCGGCGUGGGCGCGGCCAGGGCAAGCUUGGCUCCCGUCCAGCCGAACAAUCUACAAUGUGAUAGAUCGCAACGAUCCCCAGCAACAACAACUAAACACGAUGACGAUGAUGAUGAUGAUAAUGAUGAUGAUGAUGAUCAACCCAAACUAACGGCAAAUGUUCCCGCUGAGCGUUUGGUGCGCUCCUUCACGGACGAUUAUAUAUCGCAGAACUGCGCAUUAUUCACGCCAGCGAUAAACGACACAGAAACGGCAACAACGGUAACGAGUCAAAAGCAAAAGCCAACAGAGACGAAUGCAAGAUCACAACAAAGUGCAGAAAAUCAAAGCGACAGCAGUAGAGCGAAUUGCAUUAUCAAUGAAAACGGCAACAAAGAAGACAACGACGACAGCGACAAAGGGAAUGACGUUGACGAUGAGCAAGAAAUGGCAACAACGAAAACUGCAGCAGCAGCAGCAACAACAACCAGAGCAAACGAGGAAACAGGCGCAAAUGCAGUCGCAGUCGCAGUCGAAGCCGAAGUCGCAGUCGCAGCUGGAGUGCAGGUCAAUCAACCUGUUUCCUCAGCAGCAGCAGCAGCGACGUCGGCGUUCAGUGGUGGUUCAAGCGAGUUUCGCUCGGCAGCGAUCAGUCUCUCGAGUACGUUCGGCGCGUACACAACAGAUGUGCGUAAAAUCGGCAGUUUCUAUACGAAUAACAAUAACAAUAACAACAACAACAACAACAACAACAACAACAUUCAAACAUUGACGUCGUGGUUGUCGCGGGGGCGCUACAACAACAACUCGUGUAGCAGCAGCAGCAGCAGCAGCGACGUGCUGCGGCCCAACAAAUGUUUGGCAGAACUCGAACGCUUGUAUGCCGAAUUUCGCGCGAGUGAAAGUCUCUUCGAGCAUCGCCUGAGCCAGGCGCCAAACGAUAUCGAUAACGAUAGCGAUAAGAUGCGUCUAAAUGUGGCUGCAGAGCCGCUGCCGCCACCGCCGCCAACAGCAACGGCAGCAACACAAACUGCAACAGCAGUUGGCAGCAGCAACAGCAGCAGCAGCAGCGUUUUUCUCAGCAACAACAAGACGGGCAGCGACAGCAGCAACAAUGCCAAAAGCAUCAGCAACAUUGCAAUAUUGCCCGCGGCAGCAAAGUCCUGUCAGCGUCAGCCAAGUCUGACGAUACAAGUGAACAACGGCAGCAGCAGCAGCAGCAACAAUAACGGUACUAAUAACGGUAAUCAGCAGGUUUGUGUCGCGUCGCCCGCAAGCAACACAGCCACAGUAACAACAACAACAACAACAACUGCAACGCAAGACAACAACAAUGUUGUUUGUGUUGUAAAUUGCAAUUACAGCAACAGCAACAGCAACACCCCCAACAACAACAACAACAAUAGCAGCAACAACAGCAGCAACAACAACAACAACAACAGCAACAACAAGAGCAGCAUUGUUGCAAUUAAUAAUUGUGUGCCAGCAACCAAAGUGUUUAGUGCAAAUGUACAAAAUAAGUUAAAUAAUAAUAUAAAUAAUAAUCAAAAUACGCAAGUGGAUGUGCAACAUGUUGCAAGUGCCAGUGUGAGCAACAGCAGCAGCCACAAUAAUAAUAAUAAUAUUAAUAAUAUAAAUAAUAAUAAUAAUAAUUGUAUUAAUAAUCAUGUGAAUGUGUCCAGUGUUGAUAACAGUGUCAAAGUAAUCAAUGUGAAUGCCACGCCCCCACGCACUUUCACCUCAACCGAAUGCCAAACGGAUGACCUUAGCAACGGCAACUGCACGCAGCAGCAGCAACAGUUGCAGGCACAGCAGCAGCAGCAGCAGCAACAGUUGCGUACACGCGAGCAACGUCGCCGCGAACGUCGCGAACGCCGCCAGCAACAGCAGCAGCAGCUGCAGCUGCAGCAGCAACAGUUGCCCCCUCACCAUGCACGUCGGCAACAUGCGCCGCCUCUGCAUCCACCGCCCCACUUGCAUCAUCCACAUCCGCAUCCGGCUGCCUUGGGCCUGGCACGGGCUUUGUUGCCGGACAUUCUGCACAGCCACAGCCACUACCCGCCGCCGUACAGCGCCCUGCCCGCUGGCGGACCGCCCCCGCCGCCCCAGGCAGCCGGACCGCCACUGCCACCGCCACCGCCGCCGCCGACGCAGGCGCCCGUGCCGCUGCCCGUGCCACUGAUGACACCGGUUAUAUCGACGGUGCCGCUGCCGGGCACCGCACCGCUGAUGAAUGAUGGACGCUUCACCUUGCCGCUGCCCAUCAUGCGCAGAUCCCCCUCGGAGCGUUCCGGCAAGGGCUGCUGUGGCCAAUGGUUCGCUGGACCGCCGCUGCGCGCUCUCAUUGCUGUUGUUGCGCUCGGGGGCGUGGCCUGCGCCCUCGGCGGCGCUGCGCUGGGCGCCACGGGACUCGCUGGACCGCCAAAUUCGCAUCUGACCGCCGCGCUGCUAAUGAUUGGAGUUGGCGUUGUGCUGGUCACUGUCAGCGGCGCCGCUUGGCGGAUGACAGCGCCCGGUGGCGGCCAAAGCUGCCUCGGGCUGGGCACCACCGUCGAUUUGGCCCGCUGCGGCCGACGUCCGUGCACCCGCGGCGGCGGCGCGCCCCACGGACUGCUCUAUCCGGAGUUUCAGCACCGCCCGCCGCCGCCCUCCUACCAGGCCAGCAUGCAGGAGUAUCGUCUGAGACUUUUGCUUUUGGACCGCGAUCGCCAGAACGGGGUUGUGCGUGGCAAUUCGCCGCCGCCCACCUAUCGAUCUCAUGCCGGCAGCUUGCUCAGGGCACCGCUGACCACACUACGCUCGGGCAUAGGCGGCGGUGGUGGAGGCACCAUCAGCAGCAGCGUGGGCGGCUCCGAGUACAGUCUGCCGCCGAGCUAUCGCAGCCGGAAUGCGACGCCCGCCUCGCUGACGCUGGCCAGCUGCGAGCGGACCAUUGAGACAGCGCCUUCGGGCCGGCUGCUGGCCAAUGAGGAUCUGCCGGAGUUAUCGCCAGAGCAAUUGCCCGACUACAGUGCGCUGCAGUCCAACACAUUGCUCACUUCGGCCAUUGUCGAAAUCGAGUCCAGGAAUCGCAGCCAAAACCAGGAGAGUCCGUCGUCGACGACGACGACGGCGACCAAGGCCAAAGACCUGGUAACCAUUGUGACCAUAUCCCAGGCCAACAGCGGCAGCGGCCACAACGUGCAGUCAGGUGGAAGGGCUCAGGCACAGGGCCAGGUGCCAACAUCAUCUCAGUCAGCACUCGACCAGAUCGAUAUAUUGGCCCACUUGUAGCCCUGCCCCAGCGAAACUGUAACCGAAACUGAAAUCAAGCGGAAAACAAGGCGCUUCAUUUGAAAAGUCGCAACAGCUUUUCUCCAGUGCUUGAGUUUUCCUUUUCGUCUAAGCAUUAUUCUUUUCUUUUUUUUUUUUGAAGUUUGUUUGUUUGUUAAUCUUAAACACACUCGUUAACCCAAAGGUAUUUAUUUGUACGAUACGAAAAACUAAAAACUCUGCUCCUAAAUGAAUAUAUUGAUAUAUAUAUAUAUAUAUAAUAACUAAACCCUAACUAUAGUUCAUGCAUCUUUGAUAUAUACCAUAUAUACCGAUAAGCGGCAUUUAGACAGUAAGAUAUAUAUGUUUGUUGUACUUGAAUGUGUUGAAUUUAUUUUUGUAAGCAUCUGAAAUGCGCUGCGUAUCUAUUACGAACUAUCGUAAAAGUAUUAAAAUAUUCCAAAAACAAAACAAAAAACGAAACUAUCCCCAAAAACAAUUAAAAGAAAAAAAAUUAACACAAUUUUGUAAAUAACAAUUUCGAGUGCAUUUCUAGCAUGCAUUAAGUGUAGAUUCUCCCCCAACCCAAUAUAUAUAUGCUAUAUAUAUGGAUGUAUGUGAAAAACUCUGAUGUAAAUUCGCAACGGAACGCUACGGUGACAAAUUUUGCGCGCAUUUUCGAAUAACGAAUCAAACGGAAACUGAAACUGAUUUCUGAAUGCGUUUCAAACAAAUAAAAAUAAAAUAUAUUA